GUCAGGUACCAGCAGUGUUCACCAGCACGGACACCAUGCUGUAUGUAAGGCUCAUCAGCACACUGUUGCUGGCAGCGACGUGUUUGCCCAGCGGAGCAGAUGCUUCCAUGGAGAAAGCUGUCACCUGUGACAUGGACGUUGUCCAGAGGUUGAGCUGUGAAAAUGGAGUGAUCAGUGUGGAAGCAGCUCUGUAUGGACGUGCAGACAGAGAGACCUGCAGUGAGGGCAGACCACAACAACAGCUCACCAACACAGAGUGCUCUCAGCAGGGAACCGUGGACAUCCUCAGGAGGAGGUGUGAUGGGAAGAAAGUGUGUGAACUGAGCGUGACUGACGUCCAAAGUCCCGACCCUUGUGUCGACACCUACAAAUAUCUGCAGACCAGCUACACCUGUUUACCUGCAAGUCACCUGGUCACAUGCGAGCACUCGUUUGCACACCUGCACUGUGAUGAAGGGCAGACUAUCCUCGUGUACGGGGCUCAUUAUGGACGCCACGAUCAGACCACAUGCUCCUACAGACGUCCGGCCUCUCAGGUCCAAAAUGUUUACUGCUCCAGUCCCACCAGCAAAGUCGCUGAGAGCUGUGACGGGAAGAACAGCUGCACCAUCAGAGCGAGUAACUCGGUGUUUGGAGACCCCUGUGUUGGUACAUACAAAUACCUCGAGGUGGCUUACGUCUGUCAGUAUCUCACAUGAACGGAUUUAAAAUGCAGUUUUAUGACAAUUUAUUGGGAAUUAAUCAGCAAAAUGAUUUCAUGGGUCUCUCAGUAGCUUCAGUGCUUUUGAUGACUUUUCCUAUGAUCCAGUAAAACAGUGAAGCUGAGUCAGUUUCAAACAGCUGUGAUUGUUUUUUUCGUGUCCAGUAUUAGAUGGAGGUUAUCUGACUGUUUUAAAAAUUGCAAAAAUAAACAUCUAUCAACUAA